AUGCCUUCUCGGGAUAAAUACACAGUGGGCUGGAUCUGUGCCAUCCGCAAGGAAUACGUCGCUGCCCUAGCUUUUCUGGACGAGGUAUACGAGGAAACAUUUGAGCUUUCAAAACACGACAACAAUACUUAUACCUUCGGCAAGCUUGGAGCCCACCUUGUGGUUAUAGCUGUCUUACCGGAUGGCAUUUAUGGUAUAUGCUCUGCUGCGAGCGUCGGGAGAGACAUGUUGCAUAGCUUCCCGAAUGUUAAAAUCGGCCUAUUGGUUGGUGUUGGUGGAGGUGCGCCCAGUCAACGUCACGAUAUCCGCUUAGGUGAUGUUGUUGUCAGUACCCCUAGUAAUACGGCCGGUGGUGUGGUCCAAUAUGAUUUCGGUAAAACCAUUCAAAACAAAAGCUUCCAAUAUACAGGUUUUUGGAAUCAGCCACCGACGUGUCUGCUCACGGCUGUGAGUGUGCUCCGAGCCAAACACGACACCGAGGGCCAUCAGCUCGACGAACAUAUAUCCAAUGUCCUAAAGAAGAACGAAAGAUUACGAAAGGAAUACCAAAGGCCACAUCCAAGCACUGACAAGCUGUACAAAUCUGAAAUUGUUCAUUCCCAUAGCGAUACAUCAGGCAAGCGCAAUGACAGUAAAUCUAAUUUAGUCGUGCGCCCUGAGAGAAGUGGAACCGAUGAUAACCCUAUGAUCCACCAUGGCUUAAUUGCGUCGGCAAACCAACUCAUGAAGGACGCUUCAAUACGCGAUAAGCUUGCAGCAGAAAAGGGGGUUCUAUGCUUCGAGAUGGAAGCUGCAGGUUUGAUGAACCACUUUCCUUGCUUGGUCAUUCGGGGUAUAUGUGACUAUUCGGACACGCAUAAAAAUGACCUGUGGCAAGGUUAUGCAGCAAUGGCAGCGGCAGCUUAUGCAAAAGACCUUUUAUGUUGUUUACCACCAUGGCGGGAUACUAAGGGGAAUCAGGAAGACAAAUUUAUUCGCGAAUGGUUUGCAGGCAUUGACUACUCCAAGGACCAGAAAUAUUACCUGGAUAAAUGGCAAAAGGGGACAGGUGGGUGGCUCAUUAAGUCAGAAGAGUUUGGAAAAUGGUUGGAGAAGGACAACCAGAUUCUUUUUUGCCCAGGCAUUCCUGGUGCAGGCAAAACUUUCGCUGCCUCUUUCAUCAUUGAUCACUUGUGCCAGAACUAUCAGAGGGACGCGGACACGAACACGGGUAUUGCGUACGUAUACUUCGACUGGCAAAAGCCCCAGAUCUCGCGUAGUGAUCUGCUUUCAAGCCUCCUUUCGCAGUUGAUUCGGCCUUCCAUUCCGGAGAUUGUAAGAAGUUUUUACAACCAGCAUAUAACCCGAAAUACUCGCCCUUCAUCGGAUGAUAUUAUGGAUAUCUUGCUGGAAGUCGUUCGCGGGUAUACGAGGACCUUUAUAAUCAUUGACGCGCUGGAUGAAUGCAGUGGCUCUGUCGGGUCACGGUCAGAUAUCCUAGCAAUAUUGUUCAGUCUGCAGGGCAAAACCCGUGUGAAUCUCUUCGUGACAUCGCGACAUAUUCAUGCAAUAGAGACAGAAUUUGACGAAAGAGGGAGUAUCGUGCUCGAGAUUCGCGCUCGCGAUGAAGACAUCCGGAGAUAUCUCGACGACAAUCCUGGGUUGGAAGAAAAGAUCGUAUCGGCAAUUAUAAAAGCAACUGAUGGAAUGUUUCUCCUCGCAUAUCUUCAUUUGCAGUCACUGAAGGAUACGAUAACCAUCUUCGAAAUCAAAAGGACUUUAGAAAUGUUACCUAAAGUUUCUGGCGCAUACAGUGCAGCUUACGACAGGAUUAUGCACAGAAUUGAGCAACAGCCUAUGAACCGCAGAAUACUAGCUGCUCAGAUUCUUUCUUGGAUAUUUCGUGCACGGCGACCGUUGGGAAUCAUCGAGCUACAGCACGCCUUAGCUGUUACAGAGAACUCAUGCUCAAUUGAUUUAGAUAAUAUCCCAGCCAUUGACAUAAUAGUCGAUGUUUGCGCUGGCUUGGUCACCGCCGACAAAAGUUGUGGAAUAGUACGCCUGGUCCACUUCACAGCACAGGAGUACAUUGAUCAAUCUUGGAUAGAACGGUUUCCCGAUGCCGAUGUGAAUAUUGCAAAGACUUGUGUGACCUACCUAUCAUAUGAAACAUUUGAAAGGGGCCCAGCUACGACUUGGGAAGAAUACCGACAGCGAUUAAAAGACAAUCCCCUUUACGAGUAUGUCGCACGGUAUUGGGGUUUCUAUGCUAGGGAAUCCUAUCUCGAAGUCAAACAGUUAACAUCAUAUUUCCUGCGGCAUAGCUCAGUGCUGGCUAGCGCAGCGCAGGUUAUACUGGAAGAAGGAUCUCUCUUCCGUCCGUUGAGGAAACUGGAAGGGGUUAUAGGGUUGCAUAUCGCCGCAUACUUCGGAAUAAACCAUGAAGUUAUAGACUUUCUAAAGGAUACACCAUGCAUCGCUACUGUGGAUAGUUUUGGUCAUACCGCUCUACAUUGGGCAGUGAUGGGAGGGCAGAUUCGGACAGUUGAAGUUCUUCUACAUGGGGGGCUCGAUGUUAAUGUGACAGAUACCGAGAUGAGAGCUGCGUUGCAUUAUGCAGCAAGCCAAGACAACGCUGUACUGACACAUCUCCUGAUAAGCAAAGGUGCACUUACCGAGAUUCAGGAUAUAGAUGGGCAGACGCCCUUACUGGCUGCCGCAGACAAGCUCAGUAUUGCGGCGAUCAAAGAGCUAUUAGAUGCUGGGGCCUUUGUCAAUGCCAUAGAUACAAUGAGUCGGAAUGCAUUACAUUUGGUAGUGCUCGCCGCAAAGGAUAAGAGCGCCAAUCUAGCCCACUUGCUCUUAUCUUGGGAUAUUGAUGCCAGCUUGGCUGAUCUUGAUAACAUGACCCCGCUGCAUUAUGCAGUUGCCACAGGAAAUCGCCAAGUUGUGGAUAUACUUCUCCAGGCGGGCGUCGAUAUUAAUAUUGGCGUUGAGAGAAACUUUUGCACGAUUAGUAUGGAAGCUAAAAAAACAACCUAUCAAAGACGUCAGCCACCUCAAAAUGCAGAAGCGAAUAUUACCAACGCUGUUGGUCUCACACCGCUACAUUUUGCAGCUUGUAGCGGCCACUGUGCAAUGACUGAAUAUCUCCUGGACAAGGGUGCCAAUCCAAACUCACAGUCUCACGACGGGGACACACCAUUGCAUAUUGCCCUGAAUAGAGGCAGCCUAGGAAGCAGUCCAAGGGGAUUGGCAAACGAUGACGCAUGGACGGACAACAGAUGGCAAGUUGAGCUUAGUGCUGACUACAUAUCUGACUAUGAGGGAGAGGAAGCACGCGAGAUCCACGCAUAUAUCGAUGAACAGAGAUCAGCGGUAAUUAAUAUCCUUCUUGCAAGAAGUGAUAUUGAUGUGAAUGUCGCAAACACCGCACUAGAAUCACCACUUCAUAAACUUCGAUAUGACCAAAUUGACUCGGAAGUGAUUGUUCAGUCACUGCUCGAGAAGGGGGCCAAUGCUUUUGCACGUAACUGGAAAGGACAAAGAGCAUUACACCUCGCCUGCAGAGCAGGAAGUUCUAUGAGCGUCUGCAAAUUCCUGGACUGGGGUUGUUCUAUUACCAACAAGGAUUCAGAAGGUUUGACCGCUUUGCAUUACGCCGUGCACCACGAUAGGUGUGACACCAUAUGUCUCGAAACAGACAGACUGGGCAAAUCCUUACUGCAUCAUCAUCUCCAAUCAUGUAUCUGCUCCCUCGAAAUGGUUACCAUACUACUGGACCAUGGUGUGAGAGUUGACGACAUUGACAAAAAUGGAGACACCCCUCUUAGCAUAUACCUGCGGCGGUUUAAAUUGUCAUGCCAGUCAGAAAUUUGCCUCUCUCUUCUGCUGCAGGGAGCUGGUGCACUCUGGACAAGCCCAAAAGGUGAGAACUUAGCGCACCUGGCGAUGCACAAUUGGAAGGCGGAGGUCGAGCUUUUGAAGGUCUUAUCAGAAUACGGUGUGAAUUUGUCCGCGACGGACAAGAUGAGUAAAGAUAUUCUUAACUUCAUUUUGCAAAAGAAUCUCAUCAACUGGAAUGACCAAGACGAGAAAGGAAUGACUCCAUUUAUGUAUGCGCUGGAAGAGUCCAAGAAACCGCGGCAUCCCAACCUAUUUGCGUCAGAUAGAUGGAAGCAUACAUUGGAGAAUCUAAGUAACCUAGCUGGGGCAGAAGGGUUUAAGCCAUAG